GCUGCAACCGCCGGCCGCCCCUGGACCCCACCUCGGCCAUGGGCGAGCAUCCUAGCCCCGGCCCCGCAGUGGCCGCCUGCGCCGAGGCGGAGCGCAUCGAGGAGCUGGAACCUGAAGCCAAUGAGAGGCUGCCCGCGGCGCCGGAGGAUCACUGGAAAGUCCUGUUUGAUCAGUUUGACCCCGGGAACACAGGCUACAUCAGCACAGGCAAGUUCCGGAGCCUUCUCGAGAGCCACAGCUCCAAGCUGGACCCGCACAAAAGGGAGGUACUCCUGGCCCUUGCCGACAGCCAUGCGGACGGGCAGAUCUGCUACCAGGAUUUUGUCAACCUGAUGGGCAACAAGCGUUCCAACAGCUUCCGCCAGGCCAUUUUGCAGGGCAACCGCAGGCUCAGCAGCAAGGCCCUGCUGGACGAGAAGGGGCUGAGCCUCUCACAGCGGCUGAUCCGCCACGUGGCCUAUGAGACCCUACCGCGGGAGAUUGACCGCAAGUGGUACUACGACAGCUACACCUGCUGCCCCCCACCCUGGUUCAUGAUCACAGUCACACUGCUGGAGGUUGCCUUCUUCAUCUACAAUGGAGUAUCGCUGAAUCAAUUUGUGCUGCAGGUGACCCAUCCUCGUUACCUGAAGAACUCCCUGGUCUACCACCCCCGGCUCCGAGCACAGGCUUGGCGCUACCUGACAUACAUCUUCAUGCAUGCAGGGGUAGAACACCUGGCACUCAACGUGGUGCUGCAGCUGCUGGUGGGGGUGCCUCUGGAGAUGGUGCACGGAGCGACCCGCAUUGGGCUUGUGUACGUGGCCGGUGUCGUGGCAGGGUCCUUGGCUGUGUCUGUGGCUGACAUGACCGCACCGGUAGUGGGCUCUUCCGGAGGGGUGUAUGCCCUCAUCUCUGCCCAUCUGGCAAACAUCGUCAUGAACUGGUCAGGCAUGAAGUGCCAGUUCAAGCUGCUGCGUAUGGCUGUGGCCUUGGUCUGUAUGAGUCUGGAGUUCGGGCGGGCCGUGUGGCUCCGCUUCCACCCGUCGGCCUACCCGCCCUGCCCUCACCCGAGCUUCGUGGCACACCUGGGUGGUGUGGCCGUGGGCAUCACCCUGGGCGUGGUAGUUCUGAGGAACUAUGAGCAGAGGCUGCAGGACCAGUCGCUGUGGUGGAUUUUUGUGGCCAUGUACACCGUCUUCGUGCUGUUCGCCGUCUUCUGGAACAUCUUUGCCUAUUCUCUGCUGGACUUGAAGCUGCCACCGCCCCCAUAAGGGGCUGAGGACGGAGGAGGUGGGGAGGGGAGGGAGAAGCAGCAUCCAGAGGGAGCACCUGGAUCUUUUUCUCAUCACCAGCUUAGUGAAGCCAGAGAGGAAAGGCAAGGACUCCGCUGGUACUGCGAUGUUUGUGUUUCGAUACGGGCACACGGUGGGGCCUCUUUUUGAAAGGCACUGGAGGAGGAGUUGGAUAUGGCUGCUGUCAUUUUUCUAGCCUGUUCUGGUGACAUCAGGCCUGGGUAAAGGCCUGGGGUAGGGUGAGAAGCUGCCCUGUGGGCUGGCUGGUUCCAUGUGCUGUCCUUUCCUGGCCACAGGAGGGGCAAAAGCUUGGUCCCUCAUCCUCCACCCCGAGAGACCCUGAGAGACAUAGGGAAGGUCGGAAGGUCUCUGUGGCCAGGUAGUGUUUCCUCUGUUUACUUUUUUUUUUUUUUUUUGGUACUGGGGAUUGAACCCAGGGGCACUUUACCACUGAGCCACUUCCCCAGCCCUUUUUAUUUUUUUAUUUUGAGGCAGGGUCUUGCUCAUAAGUUGUUGAGGUUGGCCUUGGAUUUACAAUCCUCCUGCCCCAGCCUCCCAGUUUGCUGAGAUUACAGGUGUGCACCACCACACCCAGCACAGUGUUCCCUCUGGAGUCCAGGUCUGGAGUUCUGGGGUGGAAAGAGGGCCCAGUGGUGGAUGUGUUGGCUUUAACCUGAGAGAUACUGGGGGGGGGGGGUACCCUCCUGGGCCAGCCAGUGGUUACUGGGGCAUGACCUCUAGGGCCUAUACUGGACAAGGCAGGGAGAUCUGUAAGCUCCAGAUCCCACUCUAGCCCUGGGGGAUAGUGAGAGAGCCCCAAGCGGGGGGAAUAAACCUCAGCCCAAGUUCCUUCUGGGGAAGCCCCAGGACCAACUUUCAGCCUCUCCCUCCCUUUCAUCCUGGAUGCUGACUUCACACACCAGCCGCCCAGCAGCUGCACCUGCCUUGACUUUAGGGUCUAUUCUUUCCCUUCUACUGCCCUGACCCGAUUUUGUGCCUGUCCUUUUGGUAUGGAGACAGUGUCCAGGUGUGAGUGAGUGACCGUGUGUGUAGGGAAAGAUGAUGUGGGGCAAGCUGGAGCCUGGAGAGGAAGUCACGUGAGGCGGUGGGUGUGUGGGGAGUCUAAGAGGAGGUACAGGGAGCCCUGGUGUGCUGUGGUGUGGUUACCGGGUGUCCUUGUUUUUAGAAAAGCCUGCCUCCCUUGUUUCCCAUCUUCUGUCCCUUCCAGACAUUCCCUGAGCAUCAUUGACCUGCAGGAAAAUUAUCUCUGCUCUAGGGCGAUCUUGGGCCCUCUCAGCCCUUGGAUUGCUAAGAAGAAAUGCAUCCAAGUUCUGCUCCUUUCUACCUCUGGCAUAGCUUUCCGAUCCGAAAAUGUCCUGUCUUGUUCUGUCUCCCUGAGAAGAGAAUCUUUUGGGGUGCAAGAAAGGCUCUGGCAGGACUAUUGAGGCUGUGUGUCCAUUUGAGAUAGGGGGACAGGUGGCUGCAGUGAAGGACAUUCUAGUUUAGGUGGAACAUCGCUCCAGAGGAGCCUUGUUCGGGGCUUGGAUGAGUGUCCAGGGCGAGAGCAGCCUGGGGGUGCAGCUGCUGAGAGCUGGGGGGGAACCGAGGACUAUGGAGACCCCUCACCCUUGCUUCACAAAUAGGCAAUGAGGCUGGGGGAAUGACUUCACCCCACCCCCACCACCUGGCAGCCCCAGAUGCCAGGACAGGUGAGAGCAGAAGCCCCGCCUCCCAGCAGGGAGCCAGCUGCCUCUCCCCUCCUGGAAGGGAGGGCAGCAUUCAGGCCUGCGCUGGAGGAGCCACUGCAGCCCUGAGCCAAGGGUGUUGGGUGGGUGACCUUUCACAAAAUCUGUCCUUCCCUUUAUACUGCUUUUGGAAGUCUAACUCUCCUGAAAGGACAAAGAACCCCAGGCCUGGAGGCAGAGGGGCUGCAGGGUCAAGGGCAGGAGUGUGGGGCUGCCUUCCAUCAGCCUUGUGCCCAUCAGAGCCUGUGUGCAGUGAGGUCCAGGGUCAACCAGGCAGGUGUCUGGGGGUCCCUGGCCACUGUCGCUUCCUGAGCUAAUGACCGUAUGGAAACGGGCAGGUCUUUCUACCCCAGGACACACUCACUCAUAGUCUAUGCCAGGCCCUUCCCCAUCUUUGCUCAGCACUAACUACAUUGUCCUGGUCCCCCACGUAUGGCCUCAAGGUCACACUAGUGCCAAUUCUGCCAAGGACUGCCAGUCAGCCUGAGGCCACGUGGGCUGAGUCACAUCAUCCUGGAACAUCUAUUCUGUGUCCUGCCUGCCAUUUGCUGCCCUGGGAUGAUGUGGAUGGAAGGGUCUGCUGCUUAGGAGAGGGUGCGAGGCUGUGGAGCCUGGGCCAAGACUUGAGUAAGGAUCAAGAGGGGCCAGGACCCAUGCCUCUGUCCAUGGGCUACAGCAGCAGCUAAGCUUGAAUGCUUCUGUCCCUUUCUGGAGGGAAGAGGCAGCUGGGCCCUGCUGUCCUGGCACUUGGGGCUGCUGGGAUGAGGGGGGAGCCAGCAGAGCUCCAUCUUGUCAGGUGUGGCUCAGAGGCAGGGAACUAGACUCUAGUGAGUCCUCAGAAGCUCCCAGCUCCUUCAGGGCUUCAGCUAAGAGCUUGUUUCUGGAAAGGGCAGUCUCCUCCCUCCCUCCUCUCACCCUGUUAAGUCCACCCUCAGGGCCUGGAGCUCUGGAAGGGAGUCUCAUCCAGAGCUCAGGCCACCAGCACCAGCUGUUCCCUGCCACCGUCUUCUCCCAACCACCACUCCCAAGCAGGGCCACAGAUCAGGGACAGUGGAGUCACUUCACAAGAUCCAGACAGGUUUAUUUCUGGGGCUCUGGCCUUCUCCUCAGGAGGGGCCGUGCUCCUGUGCCCUCUCCAACCCUCAGCAGCGCUUGCCCAACUGGCCUCGGGCCUCUUCCCUUUGUCCCACCUUCCUCUCCUGUAUGGCUACCAGCCAGGACGCUGGGCAGUAGAUGACGGGUACAUCUUCAGGCUGCUGGAGGUAGGUCCGCCUGUCUGUCCUGGAGCACAGAAAUUGAGAGCUGGGGAAUCCCCAGACAGCGGCCACAGGCGCCUGGCUCCUUAAACUGGAGAGGAAUCUCAAACUGGGGAAGGGAAAACAGGCCUUCAAAGGAGAGAUUUCACUUUAAUGACACCAUUCAUCAUUCGUUUUUUUUAAUUAGGAAAAACUCCCUAAUGAGGCUCUUUUGGCAGCUAAUGGGACUCUCAAUUUCCAUGAGAACCAUUAUUGCCCAGAGCAUUAGGGGAACCACUGCUCACCACACCAGGACUUUCCUCCAGAGUGCAGAUGCAAUGCGGGGAAUCCCUCUCCCGCAUCAUGGGUGUUGCUCCCAAGCUGGCCGCAAAGCACUGGCCGAUUCUCCUCUGCCUUAAAAACAGUGCCCAACAGUGAACUGCCCCCCACCCCCACCGCCCCAGGACUUGAGUAAGUGGGAGGAAAAAAAAAAAAAAAACCAAACUGCAAUGUUGGUUUCUAAAUAUUUUUGUAUUGUGUACAUUCUGUAUAUUUUUGUUGUAACAUAUUAUUUGAGCACAGAUUCCAUUAAAGAUUUUUUUUUUUUAAGUCAUUGGUUAUUCAGGAUGUGUCCUGAGGGCUGGUAC